AUGUCCAAGUACAAACUGGUUAUGUUAAGGCAUGGGGAAGGAGCUUGGAAAAAGGAGAAUCGCUUUCGCAGCUGGGUGGAUCAGAAGCUCAACAGCGACGGCGUCAGGGAGGCCCAGAACUGUGGGAAACAACUCGGAGCCCUGAACUUUGAGUUCGACCUGGUGUUCACCUCAGUCCUCGACCGGUCCAUCCACACGGCCUGGCUGGGGUUGGAGGAAAUGGGGCAAGAAUGGGUCCCCGCGGAGAGCUCGUGGCGGUUGAAUGAGCGUCACUACGGGACCCUCAUCGGCCUCGACGGGGAGAAGAUGGCGCUGAACCAAGGCGAAGAGCAGGUGAGGAUCUGGAGAAGAACCUACGAUGUGACCCCACCUCCCAUCGAAGAAUCCCACCCAUACUAUCACGAGAUCUACAAUGACCGCCGCUAUAAAUGCUGUGACGCGUCGGUGGAUAAACUGCCCCGCUCCGAAAGCCUAAAGGAGGUGUUGGAUAGACUCCUGCCCUUUUGGACCGAGAGGAUCGCACCCGCGCUGAAAAGCGGCAAAACCAUUCUCAUCUCCGCCCAUGGGAACAGCAGCAGGGCGCUACUGAAGCAUCUGGAAGAGGGAAGGUCGCACCACUUACCGCCUAUUCACACCUCGGACGUUCACUCACCGGUUGGCAUCCGGACCCGGGAGCGGGGCGGGGAAAGUCGGUGGUCAGGGCUCUGGGGGAACGGCGUGCUCACGGACGGCCCGGACGGCUUCCGAGUGAGUGGGACUGGGCGGAGCAAGAUCCGAAGCUCUGCAAUGGACCUGAGGAGGAGGGGAAAGGGUCUCUACUGA